CGGGCGGGAGGCGGAGCCUGGGCCUGGCGUCUGAUGGUUGGACGUAGACCGAGGUCUUGGCCGGCGUUCUGGGGUUUGGUGGCGUCCAGGGUCCGCGCUCCGCGUUCUGAAGCUUCUCUCUCGGUGGCGACACAAAGCUGAGGAUCGCGAUGCACCGCAGGGGGGUCGGGGCCGGCGCCAUCGCCCGGAAGAAGCUCGCUGAAGCCAAGUAUAAGGAGAGAGGAACAGUGAUGGCUGAAGACCAGCUGGCCCAGAUGUCGAAACAGCUGGAAAUGUUCAAGACACAUCUGGAAGAAUUUGCCAGCAAACACAAGCAGGAGAUACGGAAAAGCUCACAGUUCCGAGUUCAGUUUCAAGACAUGUGUGCUACGAUUGGAGUGGACCCCCUUGCAUCUGGAAAAGGAUUCUGGUCGGAGAUGCUGGGUGUUGGAGACUUUUACUACGAGUUGGGGGUGCAGAUUAUUGAAGUCUGUCUGGCUCUGAAACACAGAAAUGGAGGUCUGAUCACACUGGACGAACUGCAUCAGCGCGUGCUGAAAGGAAGAGGCAAGUUUGCUCAAGACGUCAGUCAGGACGAUCUCAUCCGAGCCAUAAAGAAGCUGAAAUCGUUGGGCAAUGGCUUUACCAUUAUCCCAGUGGGAGGCAGGUACCUGGUGCAGUCUGUCCCUGCAGAACUCAACAUGGAUCACACAGUGGUGCUGCAGAUCGCAGAGAGGAACGGAUACGUAACUGUCAGUGAAAUCAAAUCCAGCCUGAAGUGGGAGACGGAACGUGCCAACCAGGUGUUGGAACACUUGUUGAAGGAAGGCUUGGCGUGGAUUGACAAACAAGCUCCCGGGGAGCCACAGUAUUGGCUGCCUGCCCUCUUCUCUGAUCUGUACUCCCAGGAUGUGACACCAGAAGAAGCUGAUGAAAGCUUGCCAUGAGGAAGAUCUUCAAAAGAUCCAGAUAGAUCAGAUUGCUAUUGGUGGCAACUUCGUGUACUGCAGUUUACAGAGAGGUCUCUAUUCCGAUCUUUGCCAGGGCUGGUGACGGUUUAAUUUUACCAGGAUGUAGAGAGGUGGGGGGGGGGG